GAAUGAGAUCGAUCGCGUCGCUCUGCUACUGCUUGUCUGUCGCUGGCUGUCUGAUGUGGCGUCCGUCAUUUUACGCUAACAUUUUACAGUAAAUUGUCCAAACUUAAUUACAUACGCGGAUGCCAAUGACUUUUGAUGAGAUAUGAGUGUGAAAUUAUCAGCUGAAUAACAAAACUGUCUGUACCCAGAGGAUCUUCAUAAUGGUUCAUGUCAACAGGACUGAAGACAACAUCUCCAGCACUGCCCCGACCCCUCAUUCUUCAUCAGCAUCAUCAUCCUCCAUGUCGUUUUCAGGCCUCUCUCCAUCUCUGUCUUCAUUCAUCCCUCAGUCAAACUGCUCCGUGCCUCCGUCUCCAUCCUCUCCACCGUAUAACUUCUACGCUGUGUUGUUGGUUUUGUUGAUCUUCUGCGUGGUGUUUGGCAAUGUGCUGGUGUGUGUGGCUGUGUCAAGAGAAAAAGCCCUUCAGACCACCACCAACUACCUCAUCGUGUCUCUGGCCGUGUCUGAUCUGCUUUUAGCCACGCUGGUGAUGCCAUGGGGCGUCUAUCUGGAGGUUGUAGGUGAAUGGAGGUUCAGCCGAAUUCACUGUGAUGUUCUUCUCACAUUGGAUGUUAUGAUGUGUACAGCCAGCAUUCUCAACUUAUGUGCCAUCAGCAUUGACAGGUACACGGCUGUGGCUAUGCCUUUAUUGUAUAACACACGUUACAGCUCCAGAAGAAGAGUCACGCUCAUGAUCGCUGCUGUAUGGUUUCUCUCAUUCGCUGUAUCAUGUCCUCUGCUGUUUGGACUCAAUAACACAGCCAGUCAGGAAGGGAGAGAUUGCAGUUUCGCUGAUCCGGCGUUUGUGGUUUACUCAUCUGUUGCGUCCUUUUACGUGCCCUUCAUUGUGACACUGCUGGUGUAUGCGCAGAUCUGUGUGGUUCUGCGCAGACGGGGCAGACGAACCGCACCUUCACGCAGACAUGGUCUUCACUCAGGAGAUGGAGAUGGACAAAGACCUCGCAAGAAUAAGUGUACUCACCCUGAGGAUGUGAAGUUGUGUACUUUAAUUCUGAGACCGCCUACAGAUGCUCCACACCGCAAGAAAGUGACGUUGGCGACGGAGGCUCUGGUUCAUCCUCUGGACGUGGAGCCGGCGUGUUUUCUGAAUCAGGAGAGAGAGCAGAUGCAUCAGUCCGGAACAGCUAAAAUCUCUGUGGCUCCCAGCCCGACUCGCCCUGGCUCCACGCUCUCAGCCCCGGGCCCUCGCAGAGUCACCCUACAGGAGAACGCACACGGACGGCACGGAUGGAGAGAGAAACGUACAGAAAGUGAGAAAGGAGUCGCAGCGAAGGAGAGAGAGAGGGGAAGAUUUUCACAACAGAAAGAAAGAAAAGCAACUCAGAUGUUGGCUAUUGUUUUAGGUGUUUUCAUCAUAUGCUGGUUACCGUUCUUCCUCACACAUGUGCUGAAGGCUCACUGUGGUACCUGCUGUAUCUCUCCAUCACUUUACAGCGCUGUCACCUGGCUGGGAUACCUGAACAGUGCCGUAAACCCCGUCAUCUACACCACAUUCAACAUUGAGUUUCGUAAAGCCUUUAUUAAAAUCCUGCACUGCUAACAACACAUCUGACGUCUGAAUCAGAUACUCAAAACUGAAGGCAAAUAUAUCAGCUUUGACUCUGUGAAACUCUCACUAUCAGCAGAGAUUAUCUGAAGAUUACUGAGAUUUAAAAUAAUGAUUUACACUAUAAUGAAAAUGUUGUGACAAUAUGAUUUCUGCUGUGCAUUACAGAUUUAUAUUGCCUCAUCUUUUAAACGUCUUGGCAUGAGAAAUACACAAGAUAUAAUGUGAGAGAUAUGUCGUACACAUGCUGUAAAUAACAUCAGAUAAUAAGAUACACAAUACAAUGUGUGACCCUAGACCACAAAACUAGUCAUUGAGAUUUAUUCAUGAAUACAGAAGAUUUCCAUUCAUACAACUAUUUAAAAAUCUGGAAUCUGAGCUUGCAAAAAAUCUAAAUAUUUUCUGAAGUUAACCAAAUGAAGUCCUUAGUAACUACAUUCACUCACAAAAAGUUUUUAUUAGGGCUGUAAAACAAAUGAACCGUGAUUAAUUGCAUACAAAAAACAAGUUUAAUUUUGCAUAAUAUAUGUGUGUGUGUGCACUGUGUGUAAUUAUUUUGUAUAUAUAUAAAUACGCUACGCAGUCUCACAAAAUUAUGUACCAAUAGUCACGUAAUUUUUUUAUUCUUUUUUGUGAUACUGUCCCGAAUGUCCUUGUUUUUUCGUGAUUUUAUCAUGAAUUUCUGUUUACGUGUGAUUGUCACGUAUUGGUUACUCAACUGUUAGGUUAGGGUUAGGAUUUGGUGUUUGCGUUAGGAUGUCACUUGAAGUAUUAGUUUAUAAAAAAAUUCAGAUUUUUUUUUCUACAUUUUAAAACAUUGUCACCUGGCAUUAGGGUUAGAGUUGGGUUUGUAUAAGGAUGUCAUUUUAUGUAAAUCUAACCCUAAACCAAAGUGACAAUGGUAAGAAAAUAGGACAAACAGUUGAGUAACAAAUACGUGAUAAUGACACAUACACAGAAAUUCGUGAAAUGAUCCCAAAAAAACUGGCAAAUUUGUGACAGUAUCACGAAAAAGAAUCAAAAAAUUACGGGACUAUAGGUACGCACUUGCAUAUAUGUAUUUAAGAAACAUUUACAUAUAUAUUUAUAUUUAUUUAGUUAGUUAGUUUUAAAUAUAUUUUAUAUAAUAUAUCAAUUAAAAAUAUACAUAAAUUAAAAAAUCUUACAUUUAUACAUCUGUGUAUUUAUAUAUAGCCUAAAUACAAUAAUUACAAAUAUAUUAUGCAAACAAACACUUACAUUUUUUUAAUCACAAUUAAUCUUUUGACAGCCCUAGUUUUUAUAUAUUUACUGAAGGAAAUUUACAAACUCUCUUUAUGAAAGAUGAUCUUACCUUAAUAUCCUGAUGAUUUUUGGCAUAAAUGAAAAAUCUACCUUUUUAUUGUUAGCUAUUGCUACAAAUAUACACAUGCUACUUAAGGUUUUGUGGUCCAGGGUCACAUGUAAAGGGUGAAUUUUACACCAAUACAUCUAAUAAACACCAACAAACAGAGACGACCACAAACCCUGUGGUGCAAAGAAAGUUCUUGUUGGAGUUUGUCAGCUCAGUGCGAUUUUUCUGAAAUGUUUUUAUUACUUUUAAGUAGUAAUGUAAUAACUUAUUUUCUGAUUGCAUUCUGGGAUUUGUCCUCAGAUGUCCAAAAGACUAUUUACUGCUUAAAAAAGCCAUCACAUUGCAAACCUAUGAUAACUUAAAAUUCUGUUAGCUCACUAUAGUUUCUGGUUGUGAGCAGAGGGAAAAAAUCAUCCUGUUUACUAAAGAUGAUGUGAAAAC